AACACGGAAUAAAAUACCACAACAUGAAUUUUGACUAUGAAAUAUGCGCAGUUGAGAAGCAUCGCCAAGGAGCUCGGGCUGAAAGCCAACGAGAAGGCCGAGAAACUCCUGAAAGCGAUCAAGCAGCAUUAUCAACAAGAACAGGACAAAGAGGAGGAAGGGCAGGUACAAGAGAAGGAUGUUACUGCUGCUAAAGAAGAUGAGACUGACCGUGGUGAUGAACAUGAAGACGCAUCUCGUGAGGAAGAGGUUCCCAGCUCCGCUGUGUUUGCUAACACACGUCGGAGUAACAGAACCAGUACCAAGAGAAAGCUCCCUGGUGCUGUAACAGCCGACUCAGUGUGAUGCUGCAGAGGGUGACGCUGCACGCCCCGGGGCUCGGGGUGCUAAGAAGAGAAAAGUGUCCUGACAAGGAUUCUGGCAAAAGUGAGAUUGAGCCUCCUCAGGAGCUCCAGGCCUCUGACAGGGAGCAGCAGCAGCAGGAGGAGCAGCAGGGUGAUGUACCUGUGCAUGCU